UCCCCGAAAUCUCUCUCUCUUACCUCUCUCUCUCUCUCUCUCUCUCUCUGCGUGACGCCGAGUCCCUGUUCUUUCUUCGUUUGCUCCAAUGGCGAAUGAGAAAUUGACAGAGUACGAGCGCAGAAGAUUGGAGAACAUCAGACGGAACGAUGAAAUGAUGGCUGCUCUCAAGAUCCACGCUAAAGCUUCUCUCCUCUCCGCUGCAACCAAACGUCGAAGAGUCGAGUGCAAAUCGUACAAAUCAACGGAGAAGAAAAGCAAACCUGAAACUCCGAUUGUUAUCCGUCGGUCUCUCCGCACUAGAGGAUUGAAGCCAGAUUCAGGUGGUUUAACCGACGAUAAAUUUCCCAAAUCUGUCAGUUUUCCGAAGCAAUCGCCCACUGUAAUGGGUCCAUUAGCCUUCGAAGAUGCUUAUGAUGGGUGGGGUUCAGACAGGCAAUUCGUUGACACCAUUCUGGAUAUUGCGAAAAAGUCUGAUCUUGGGAAAAGUGUUAAAGUAAAAAGUGAUUCUAUCUGUAAGGACGAGGAAUCUAGAGAUGCAUCUCCGGUGAGUAAAGAACUUAGAAGAUGUACACGGAGUCCUGGUCGCGCAUCUAGUGUUGUCAAAUGUGAAGAUUUAGAUUCCUCUUGUGAUUCUGCCAAGAACGAACGUGUGGUUUUUCCAAUUAAGUGUGAGAACAGCGAGUCUAGGAAUGCUCUUGAUUUGGAAUCACUGACUUUAGAACCCAAAAAUGUAGCACGUGUUGUGCCCGGGAGGAUAUUUGUUGUGAAGUUCUUACCUUGUGCUGAUGUCAAUAUGGUCGCAGCUGGGGAUAAAUUGGGGAAUAUAGGGUUCUGGAAUUUGGAUAGCAAGGACGAGGAAGAUGGAAUAUAUCUGUACCACCCUCACAGUGCCCCUGUCUCAUCUAUCUUGUUUCAGCGAAGCUCAUUAUCGAAGGUCAUAACCAGCUGUUAUGGUGGUUUCAUCCGGUUAAUGGAUGCCGAAAAGUCUGUAUUUGAUCUGGUAUAUUCCAGCAGUUAUGCUGUAUAUUCCCUUUCGCAACGCCCAGAGGAUGAACAAAGCUUAUAUUUUGGCGAGGGAGCUGGAGGGUUCAAUGUGUGGGACCUUAGAGCAGGAAAAUCGUCCUUCCAGUGGGACCUACAUGAAGGCAGGAUUAACUCUGUUGAUUUCAACCCACAAAAGCCCUACAUCAUGGCUACAAGUUCUUCGGAUGGGACUGCUUGCCUUUGGGAUUUGAGACGUAUGGGUGCCAAAGAGCCCAGGACAUUGAAUACCCUUACACAUGGCAAGGCUGUGCACUCUGCUUAUUUCUCGCCUUCUGGACUUUCGCUCGCAACGACGAGCUUUGACAACCAUGUGGGUAUACUUGGCGGCAGCAAUUUUGAAGAUAUCUCCAUGAUAGAUCACAACAAUCAUACAAGUAGAUGGAUUUCUACUUUCAGGGGAAUAUGGGGAUGGGAUGAUUCAUACAUAUUCAUAGGGAACGUGGGAAGAGGGGUGGACGUGAUAUCUACAGCAGAAAAGAGAACAGUGAAGACAUUGCAGAGUCCUAAUGAGUCGGCCAUUUCGUGUAGAUUCCAUUCCCAUCCUCUCAAUGUCGGCAUGCUUGCAGGAUCCACUGCUGGUGGCCAAGUCUAUGUCUGGUCUCCAAACUAAGCUUACUCUUCUUCUUCUUCUCUUUUCUUUUUGGCAAAUUCAUCAAGUUUCAGACAGGCAUUAGUCUUUUGGCCAUGAGAUAUCCCAUGGUUGUUGUUUUUUUUGUCCCCCUGGCCGUUCAUAAUUAGAUGUGCAACAAGUUUGUAGUUAUUUCCAACUGAAAAAAUGGAAUGUAUGAUUUUUUUUUA